UGUUGCUUCGCCGAAAAUAAAAGAUGGCGACGGGACCCGCGUAAAUUGGACAACCACAUAGAGGUCAGUAUCCUGCCUUAAUGUUGUCACCGACAUCCUGUGACAAGUGAACGUUUUGACAAAGGAGGAACAAUGGCUUUUGAGGAGAUCAAGAGCAAAGGAGGAAUGGAUAUGGGGAUGGAGGGAGACAGGGGUCUUGUAGCUGGUCGCAGCCAGAGAGAGAAGAGGAGGUCGUACAAGGAUCUGCUCAGGGAGGAGGAAGAGAUCGCUGCUCAGGUCCGCAAGUCUUCCAAGAAGCGGCCCAAGGAUUCAGAGCUUUUCAUGCUGGGAGGGGACUCACAUAAAAAAAAGAAGAAACACAGUGAUGACUACUAUUACAGAGACCAUGAUGGCACAGGCCCACCACCCCAUAAAAAGAAACACAAGUCUGCAGACCGCUCCCCACCUCUCUCCUCCCCCUCAUCCUCCCACCCGACAGAUACAGCGAUGGGCCUCCUGCAGGCUAUCACCUCUCCCCUGGCCACAGGUUCGGACCCCAACCCCCAUUUGCACAAAAAACCCUCCUACCCCUCCUUCUCCUCGCACUCCUCCAAGGACCGCAAGCGUGAGAGCAGCAGCGGCGGAAGCAAAAGCUCCUUGUCUCACUCCCGUCCCGUGUCUUCGUCGUCGUCUUCUUCCAAGAAGCACUCCUCCUCUUCCUCAAAGUCGUCUCUGUUCCACGGCGGCGCCACCAAAGAGGAGCCCUUAACGCUGCGCGAGGCCGACGGGCUAAAGAUGAAGCUCAUCAUGUCGCCGGAGAAAGAGGAAGGAGAGAGCUUCCCUUUCCCACCUCACUCAUCCAAAGGAGGUGUAAAGAAAGAGAAGGACAGAGACCGCAUGCAGCCCUCAAAGUCACCCAAGAAGAAAACACAGCAGAGUCGAGAUCCACUGCCUGUGGUGGGGAAAGAGGUGGAGGUGGAAGGUCAUUACGGAGGUGGCAUGGGAGAUGACAGCUCUUCGUCUGGGGCAGAGCUGGAGGCAGGUGAGCUGGUUAUAGAUGAUUCAUACACGCACUUGUCGAAAAAGAAGAAGAAGAGCAAGAAAAGCAAGAAGAAAAAGGACAAAGAGAAAGACAGAGACAAGGAUAAGAGUGGGAAGGACAAGAAGCACAGCAAAGGACUUGGAGAUUCAUUGAAGGGCCACAGUCACUCCCAUCCCACUGUCACUCACAGUGCUGUUGGUCCGAUGUACGCCAUGGGCGCGCCUAUCCCUCCACACCACCAAGCUAAUGAUACAGUGACAGAGAAGAAGAAAAAGAAAGAGGACAAAGAACGGGACAGGCACACGAAGAAUAAAGAUAAGCCCAAGAAGAAGAAUAUAACAACAGCAUAUCAGGUGUUCUGUAAGGAGUACAGGGUCAAUAUAAAUGCAGAACAACCAGGACUAGUCUUUGGUGAACUAAGCAAAAAGUUGGCAGAGGUGUGGAAGGCGAUGCCUGAAAAAGACAAGCUAGUUUGGAGGCAGAAGGCUCAGUAUCUGCAGCACAAACAGAACAAAGCUGAAGCCACCACAGUCAAACACAAGAGCUCCAGCGAGGCCAAAAGCAAAGUGGUUGGAGUAGGAACAGGGAUGGUGUCACCCAACAAAACGCCCGGAACCAUGUCCCUGUCCCCAGCUCGGGUCCCAGAGGUGGAUCCCAUCGACGCAGCAGCUCACCUGCAGCUGCUAGGAGAGUCCCUGUCCCUGAUUGGUCACCGGCUACAGGAAACAGAGGGGAUGGUGGCGGUGUCUGGGAGUUUGUCUGUGCUUCUGGACUCCAUCUUGUGCGCGCUGGGCCCAUUGACUUGCCUCACAGCACAGAUACCACAGUUAAACGGAUGUCCUCGAAACGUCCUGUCAAAUACGUUGGACAACAUUGCCUACAUCAUGCCGGGGCUGUGAGUGAAGGAGGAUGAUGAUCAGUCUGGAUCUGGCAACACAAGUCAACAGAUUUGACUGCAAUGGUCCUUUUAAAGGAGCGACCCUCAGAAUUUAAUUUAAGCCACUGCUUUGGCAUCUGAAAAUAUUUCUAGUGUCAACAUGUUUUUAAAGUGUAUUUUUUUAAAAACCUUGUUCUUUUAAUUUUCUAAUUGUUAUAUUUUUAAACUAAACAUUUUACUGAACACGUUAAUCUUUUCUCGGAACAUCAUUUUAGGUUUAUUGUUACUGUACAGUGUGUUUUCAGUGUGUGAAUGGGUGUAUGUGCACUACUGAAUGUAUGUGUGCAUUCACUUAGCUUGUUGAGUUUUACCGCCCUUGUACGUGUCCGAUUUUUAAAAAUUGAUUUGUACAGGAACAUUUAGGUCAUUGUCUUCUCAUCAUCAACAUAAUGUAAUAUAUUUGUUAUAUUUCUUUCUUUUACCAUGUAAAAAAAAAAAGUACUGUCACACCGUGCUGUUUUAUACAUUUGAUAUUGUAGGCGUUUAGAUUUUGACUGUAACAUAGGAUUUGAAAAAUGAUAGAGAACCUUCGAGGGAAUCAAGAGCUGUUGAGAAAAUUCACUGUCAGAGCUGCACAUUUUCAAAAUGGCAACAAUAAAAU